GCACAUUCUCCUACAUUGGUAAGACUUUAUAGGAGGGAAACACGGAGGGAUGGAUGAGACAGGUAAUAGGUUCUGGAAACUCGCCAUUUUGUUUCUUUUCUAGAGACUUAUGCAGACAUAGAAAUACUCAAACACAAAGAACUUAAGGGACACCACACCGAGGAUCUCUAAUGGACCAAUGCUGGGGUUUACAUGACAGAGUCACCCGACAGAAACCGCUUACAUCACUUUAAGGAGACAGAAGGGGAACUAUGAACUCUAUAUACACCCAGUGAAUGCCUAUUUCCUCCUGAAACGGCAGCGCUGCCGACUGUCGUGAUCUGUGGAGAGUCACUCAGAAGAAGCGCCAGGAUGUCAAACCCAACAGAGCCCCUCAUGCCCAGCCGGAGUCCAAAGCACCGAGGUUACAGCGAUGAGUCCUCGCCUCCACCCUACUCCUACGAGGACCAGCAGCCUCCACCCUACUCUGCCGCCCCAGUCGGGUCCGGUCCAUACAAAAGUGAGGCCGCCUGCGUGGGAUACGAGUCUUUCCAAGACAUAAUGCCAGAGGCUGCAUCAGAAACGACUCCCAUUAUAUCCUCGUGGACGUUUGACGACACAACAGUGAGAAGAGGGUUUAUUAGAAAGGUGUUUAGCAUCUUGACGCUCCAGCUGGUGUUCACCUUCAGCGUGGUCUGUGUGUUCACCUUCUCCAGCGUCGUCAAACAGGCCGUGCAGACCCACCUGUGGGCUUACCUCAGCUCCUUCAUCGUGUUCGCUGUGGUGGCCAUCGUCCUCAGCUUCUGCAAAUCCUUCAGCAGGCGUCACCCCUGGAACAUCGUGGGGCUGGUCAUUGUCACCCUCAGCCUGUCCUACAUGGUGGGGACCAUCGCCUCCUUUCACAACACCACUGCCGUCGUCAUCACCAUGGCGGUGACGCUGGUCAUUUCUGUUGCCAUCAUUGCGUUCUCAGCACAGACUCGUUAUGACUUUACCAUUUGCUACGGCGUGCUGCUCAUCCUGGCCUUGGAUGUCUUAAUGUUCGGGUUCCUCUGCACCUUCUACUACUCCCACGUUGGCGAGAUCGUCUACGGGUGUCUGGGAGCUCUGCUGUUUUCUCUGUUCCUGUUGAUCGACUGUCAGCUGAUGAUGGGGAUGAUGAGCCAUCGGCUGAAUCCAGAGGAAUACGUCAGCGCUGCUCUCACGCUCUACCUGGACAUAGUCCUCAUCUUCCUCUACCUGUUGGGGAGGAGGUGAAGCCGUGUACAACACCAGCAGAACCAAACCGGAAUGAUCAAAUGUAUAUAAUUAAAGAAAUAAAUAUGACAAAUUAUAAUUUUUGCUUUAUUUAGCAGCGUUUUAUUGCAUUCAUACUGUCUGAAGCAGUUCCAUGAAUAAAUGACUUCUUUCCACCUUUUUAAUAACAGAGGUUAGUUGUGUUUUAGAUGAGCACAAGCAAAACAAAAACAAAAAA